CACAAAUUGACAUUAACCUAACCUACCUAUACAAUCCAAAAUACAAUUUUAUAUGUAUAGGUUUUUAUUUCCCCAAUGAAAUCAAUUUAUAUUCCUGAAUUUAAACUGUGAUUUAACAACAAUAACAUGCUCAAAUUAUAUCGGAAAUUGGAACGCACGAGGCAAAUAUGCACCCGAGCCAAAUCUACACUAACAUCCAAAAGUACCAUCAAAGCGACGUCAGAAAGGAUCCUGGGACAGCCUACUGGCGAUUCCCAUCCUCAUUUAUUGAACGAAGGUGAAGUUACUCAGUUGCUGAAUAAACGGGAAUACGAGAAUAGACGGAUCAAAUUGGCCGAGAGCGUUGCCGAAUAUUCCAUCAAAAACGGCUUGAAAUCCAAAAAUCACAUGAUCGUUAUUCCGGCCGCCACGACCCAAUACAUGUCCGGCAAAAUUCCGUACGUGUUCCGCCAGAACACGGAAUUCCUCUAUUUGACGGGUUGCUUGGAACCGGAUUGUUGUUUCGUGAUGACGACGAAUGGAAAUUCGGAUUUUUCCACGACGGUUUUCACGAGGAACAGGGACCCACACGCCGAGAUGUGGGACGGUCCGAGGACCCGUCCCGACGACGUCCGGGAAUUCUUCGGGAUCGAUCGGGGAUUACCCAUCAGCGAAUUGGAGGAUUUCAUCGGCGCGUAUUUCAGGAGGGCCAGUGAGGUGAAUAUAUGGUACGAUUAUUUAACUCCAAUUCAAAAUAAGGUCCAUUCGAUCGUGCAAAAAUUGAUGGGCGACAGCCUGAACAAAGCCUGGGAGAACCCGAAGCCUUUGAUACAGCGAUUGCGCCUAAUCAAGAGCCCAUCGGAGGCGGCCUUGAUGCAGAAAACCUGCGACAUAGCCUCCGAGGCCUUGGUUCACACAAUGGGAGCAUCCAGACCGGGCGUGUUGGAAAGCGAAUUGUACGCGAAAUUCGAGUACGAAUGUAAAAUGAAGGGGGCUCAAUUUUUGGCGUAUCCUCCGGUAAUUGCCGGCGGAAGCCGAUCGACUAUUAUUCAUUAUGUGAAUAACAAUCAAGUGGUCAAUGACGAGGAAAUUUUGCUGAUGGACGGAGGUUGCGAAUACCACGGUUAUUCUAGCGACAUAACGAGAACGUGGCCUAUAAAUGGGAAAUUCACUGCCGAACAACGGGAACUCUAUCAAGUAGUCUAUGAGAUCAACGAAGAUCUGAUCGAAGCUUGCCGAGAAUUUCCCAAGUUGGAUCAUUUGUUCGAGAAAAUGUGCUAUUUGUUGGGGACGAAAUUACAAUCUUUGGGUUUGGUGUCGAAGAAUCAAUCGGAUGCAGAUUUGAUGAAGACUGCUUAUCAAUUAUGUCCCCAUCACGUAUCGCAUUACCUGGGCAUGGAUGUUCACGAUACGCCUACUGUAAAUAGAAAUAUUCAAAUUAAACCCGGAAUGGUGGUGACUAUUGAACCAGGUAUUUACAUAAGUAAAAAUAACACAUUAUUUCCGGAGAAAUACAGGGGAAUAGGGAUUAGAAUAGAAGAUGACGUUUUAAUAACUGAAAAUGGACCGAUUGUGCUCACUAAAAACUGUCCAAAAUAUAUAGAAGACGUUGAAAAAAUAUCGAAUAAGAACGCUUAAAAUGUAAAUAAUAAA